AGCUGUUUUAAUUGUUGAAUUUAGUUUUAAACAUAAAUUUCGAAGAAAAAACAAUUUAUAAGCUUUAAAUUAAAGCUUUUUUGUUGAAAAGAAAUGCGAGUGGUUUUCUAGUUGUGGGAAAAUAAUGCAAUCUUCAUUUUUGCGUACAAAACCUCGUAUAAAUGUAUUUUUGUUAAAUCAAUUCAAGUGUUUGCCAAGUCCAACUAUCAGCAAUUCAUGUAGUUUUUACUCUCAACAAAUGUUGUCAUCCGCAUCGUCCCCAUCAUCCCCAAACACCAACAACAUGGAAAUACCAGUACAAACUCAAAAACUUUUAAGACUCUCGCGUACCACAGUACCCAAAUUAACGGAUAGUAAGCAUAAGGGUCAAUAUGGCCGAAUUGGAGUUGUCGGUGGUUCUUUAGAAUAUACGGGUGCUCCAUAUUUCGCUGCAAUAUCGGCGCUUAAAGUAGGCGCAGACUUGGCCCAUGUGUUUUGCCAGAAGGAUGCGGCUGUUGUAAUCAAGUCCUAUAGUCCUGAACUAAUUGUUCACCCACUUCUGGAUGCGGAAAAUGCUGUGGAAUUGAUAGCACCCUGGCUGGAACGUUUGCAUGUAAUUGUUAUAGGUCCUGGUUUGGGUCGUUGUCCAAUUAUACAAAAGACUGUUAUAGAACUAAUUAAAGUUUGUUUACAAAUUGAAAAACCCUUGGUUAUAGAUGCCGAUGGUUUGGCUAUUUUAAAUGAUCAUUUAGAUCUUAUUGAAGGUCAGCGUAAUAUUAUUUUAACACCCAAUGCUAUAGAAUUUCGUCGCCUAUUUGGCACAGUAGCUUCCCCGGCCAGUGAGAGUGAUAAAUUUUGUAAAGAACGCAUGACUUCAUUGGGCGAGGGAGUUGUUGUACUGGAAAAAGGUGCCAACGAUCGUAUUCAUAUACCCAAUACCUCGGAAAUUUAUGCCCUGCCACCCGGUGGUUCUGGUAGACGUUGCGGUGGUCAGGGUGAUUUAUUAUGUGGUGCAUUAUCCAUAUUUUUCCACUGGUCUUUGGAGUCGAAUCAAGCAAAUCCCGCAUUUUUGGCCGCUUUUGCUGCCAGUUAUUUAGUAAAGCAAUGUAAUGCCACGGCAUUUCAGAAGCAUGGACGUGGCAUGUUGGCCACCGAUAUGAUUGGCGAACUGCCGUCGGUAUUUGCUCGUAUUUUUGAAUCCCCUGAUGGUCAUGGAUGUUAGCAUUGGUUGAUUGACGGUGAGGUUGAACUUAGCAGCAAUGUCUAGCAUGCAUUUUAUUCAAAAAAAAGCAAUAAUAAUCCCCUUUUGUUUAUAGGUUAGGUUUCCGAAAACAAUAAACUUCCUGUCGAUAAUACGUAUAUACUCUUAUUAAAAUAAAAUUUACAUACACUAUAUAUAUAUUUACUUGUUGCGAUAAUAAUUCAGAAGAGAAAUUACAUACAUAUGUAUUUAAAAUUUUAAUAUUAUAUUUUUAGAAAAUCUAAAUAUUUGAAAUAUUUAUUCUUGAAAUAAUCAUAUUUAUUAAAAAUUAAUAUUUAAAAUUUAUUCGAAUUUAAAUAAAAUUAAAAUAAAGUACUUAGCAAAA